UGCCAUAUCGCAUUGUAACCAUGAACCGGGCGAGUUUUUAUCCUCUAUUUUCCUAGUGUCUAAACCAAAUGGUGACAAGAGAUUUAUUCUUAAUUUAAAAUGCCUUAACAAGUUCAUUGAAACUAAACAUUUCAAAAUGGAGGAUUAUCGUACUGCGUCAAAGUUGAUAACUCCAAACUGUUUCAUGGCAACUAUCGAUUUAAAAGAUGCUUAUUUUUUAGUACCAGUAAAUAAAAUGCACAGAAAGUACUUACGGUUUGAGUAUGAUGGAGUCCUUUACGAAUUUAAUUGUUUGCCAUUUGGUUUAUGCACCGCACCGUUCGUGUUUACAAAACUUCUAAAACCUAUAUUUGAAUUUUUAAGAAAAACUCAUCGUAUGAUAUCAGUCGUUUAUCUUGAUGAUGUCUUUUGUAUUGGUAGAACACUAUUAGAAUGCCAAGAAAACAUAACUUUGACCAAAACACUUUUUGAAAGACUAGGUUUUUUGAUUAACUUAGAGAAAAGUUCGUUAGUACCAAAGAUGCAAUGCAAAUUUUUAGGUUUUGUAUUCGACUCCAAUAAUAUGUUAUUAAAACUACCCGACGAUAAGAAGUUAAAAAUUAAAGAAAAAGUUUCCACCGUCUUAAAUACUAAAAAAUGCAAAUUACGAGAAUUUGCUCAAUUUAUCGGUUUAUUAAUUUCAGCUUGUCCCGCAAUUCAAUAUGCUUGGUUAUAUACUAAAAUUUUCGAACAGUAUAAAUAUAUGUGUUUGCUUAAAAACGCUAGCUACGAACAGAUAAUUAAAAUUCCAGAUAAUUUAAAAUCGGAUAUGCUUUGGUGGAUCCGUAAUAUAGAUAUAGGUAAUUGUCCUCUCGGGAUUGAAGAUUUUAAUUUAGAGAUUUAUUCAGAUGCAUCUAACACCGGUUGGGGCGCCUAUUGUAAUAACAAUAAAUGUUUUGGCUACUGGAAAGAAUGUGAAAAAACAUUGCAUAUUAAUGAGUUAGAAUUAAAAGCAGCUUUUCUUGCCCUUAAAUCCUUCGCGAAGAAUUUAUGUUCUUCUCGAAUCUUGCUAAGAAUUGAUAAUGUCACCGCAAUUUCUUGUAUAAAUAGAAUGGGUAGUAUUCAAUAUGAUCACCUUAAUGUGGUUACCAGAGAAAUCUGGCAGUGGUGUGAAAUGCGUAAAAUAACUAUUUUUGCAUCCUAUAUAAAUACAAAGGAUAAUUGUGAAGCAGACCAAUUAUCGCGGAAGAAAUUUCACGAUACAGAAUGGGAACUAAACCAAAAUGCAUACGAUGAGAUAACUAUUAAUUUUGGUGUCCCUAAAAUAGAUUUGUUUGCAAGUAGAUGUAAUGCAAAGUGUCAUACCUAUGUAACUUGGAAAAACGAUCCUGAUGCAUGGGCGAUAGAUGCAUUUACGGUUUCAUGGAAAAAUAAGUUCUUUUACGCAUUUCCCCCCUUUUGUUUAAUAACAAAGGAUCAACCACAACCUACACAGAACUCUGAAGUUGGUUGCCGCGAAGCUUUCAGGCAAGCUUUACUAAGGAAAGGCUUGUCACCAAGUACGGUACAGAUAAUGUUAUCAUCGUUAUCUGAUUCUACCUACAAACAAUACGAUGGCUGCAUAAAGACAUGGAUAAACUACUGCAGUACCCACAACUAUAGCUACAUCUCUGCAUCUGUCCCUGUAGUUUUACAUUUUCUUACCGAUUUAUUUAAUAAAGGUGCUAAAUACGGUACCAUUAACUCCUAUAAGUCUGCCUUAUCAUUAAUUUUAUCUAAUUUAGAAGAUGAUAGGGUAAAACGCUUUAUGAAAGGAGUUUUCAAAUCGAGGCCAACAAAUCCUAAAUAUCAUAUAACCUGGGAUCCGAGUAUAGUUCUCGAACAUUUAGCCCAACAGUGGCCAAAUAAUGAACUCAGUUUGGAAACUCUUUCCAAAAAUACUGCAACUCUAUUGGCUUUGGUAACAGCGCAUCGAGUACAAACACUUGCUCUUAUUAAAUUAAAGGACCUUGAUAUAAGAGGCACAAGUGAAAUAAUAAUAAUGAUUUCAGAUUUAAUUAAAACUUCUAAGCCGUACUCGUUACAGCCUCUUUUAAGAAUUCCUUACUUCAAUAGUCGCUCGGAAAUCUGUCCAGCCAAAUGUCUAGAAUCGUACAUAAAUAAAACAUCAACACUUCGACAUAAUGAUCAUUUAUUUAUUAGUUUUAAAAAACCAUACUCAAAAGUUACCUCCCAGACGCUCAGUAAAUGGAUAAAGGACACGCUUCAUAACAGCGGAGUAGAUACUUCUAUAUUUAGUGCUCAUAGUACUCGCCAUGCGUCCACAUCCACUGCCAAUAGACUUGGGGUCAACAUUGAUGUUAUACGCAAAACUGCGGGAUGGUCUGAUUCUUCUGCAGUAUUUGCUAAGUUUUACAAUAGACAUGUAAUUACUGAUCCUACCAGCUUCGCUAAAACAUUGUUAUCUAAUAAUGAUUGUAACCUGCAAGAAAAAUAAUUAAUGGUUAAAUUAUGAAAAUAAUGUGUGAUUUAUAAUAUUUAUAGUUAAUUGAUUAUUGCAAAUAAAAAUAUGAAACUUA